CGUCACUCCCAGCAUCCUCCGCACAAUGGCUUCUGUAAAGAAGCUGGGGAAAGAGGUUUUUUUUAGGCCAUGAAAAAUAGUGAAAAAUAAUUUCCAAAAUUUGGGAAAGGCAGCUGGCGUGCAAAAAGUGACGGGAAAAAGAUGCGGGGCGAACGGCGGUCAGCAGCGAUGUUCAACAACAUUUCCUGGUCUCCUGCUACGGGGGUGAUGGGGACGGGCUGACUGGAAGGGAUUGUUGGUGAAGAUCUGGAAGGGUCGGGUGUAGGCGUGGGCCGAGACAUGACCAAGGCCAAACAAAUCUAAGCUGGUCCCCCCCGUUGCUGAAGCAACCUUAACUCUGGACGCAACAGGUAUCUGUCAACUGGAAGUGAUCAUAAUACAGAGACUGAGAAACCACAGGAAAAACACUUUGUGGCCUGAAGGCACAUGGCCACACAUUCGCCGCAGAAAAUACACAAGUGCACCUACUGUGAAAAGAUGUUUCACCGUAAAGAUCACCUGAAGAACCACCUUCAGACCCACGACCCGAACAAAGAAGCCUUCAAGUGUGAAGAGUGCGGCAAGAACUACAACACCAAGCUGGGCUACAAGCGCCACCUGGCCCUCCACGCAGCCACUAACGGCGACCUGACCUGCAAGGUGUGCCUGCAGACGUUCGAAACCACCGAGGUCUUGCUCGAGCACCUGAAAACCCACUCGGGCAAAUCGUCGGGUGGGGUGAAGGAGAAGAAACACCAGUGCGACCACUGUGACCGGCGGUUCUACACGCGCAAGGAUGUCCGGAGGCACAUGGUUGUCCACACGGGCAGGAAGGACUUCCUCUGUCAGUACUGUGCCCAGCGCUUCGGUCGGAAGGACCACCUCACCAGACACAUGAAGAAGAGCCAUUCGCAGGAGCUGCUGAAGAUUAAGACUGAGCCGGCUGACAUGAUGGGUCUGAUUCACUGCAGUCCGCCCGUGACGAUCAAGGAAGAACACACUCCCAUGAUGUGCAUGGCUUCUAAAGAGACGGCCGGCAAGCCGUUCACGAGUCUGCCAAUGAGCAUGUACAGUUCACACAUUCAAGCCAUGACAAACUCAGGCUCGUCGCACAGCCUGGUAGCUAGUUCUCUAGCGAUGGGAAUGGGUUGUCAGAUGGACACUGUGUCAUCCAUACAUUCAGCACCUCAACCCCACUCUAAGUAUCAGAUUGGAUCUACCUCAUAUGCCACUGGCUUGCCCGACAAGCCAACAAAAAUUGAGAUGGAAAGCUACUUAAUGGACUUGCACAGCAGUUUGCCACUUUCGUCCCACGAGUCGGCGCCAGCGAAGGUCGGCUUAGAUUCCCAAAGCGGAUCUCUGGAUGACAUGUCCGGGGAACAUUUGCUCUCCAAAGGCCCGGCUAUAAUUACUGAAUCCCUCUGCACAGCAAACAUGGAUUUCUCCCAUUUGCUGAGCUUUUUACCACUGAACCACCCGGCGUACAACACGCCCGUCUCGGCCGGGGGCCUGGUGAUGGGUUACGCGCAGAGCGAACCCCAAUCCUUGCUCGCCUCCCUCCAGCCGCAACUGCAGGACUCCCAGGGAUCAGGGAACGGCCUUAGUCUCGGGCCCCUUCACCCACUGUCCCCAGUCUUCACCUCCAGUCUGAGUACGACCACACUGCCACGUUUCCACCAGGCCUUCCAGUGACCCGACGUGGGAUUUACCGUUGAGUAAUCUGGGCUCGGGGUGGAGUUUACUCAAACGCGCACAACCUUCGCAAACUCGAAAGGAAGCCAACGCUUCGAUGAGGCGAUUUCCGUUGAAACAUAAUUAUUGGAGUUUAUUAAAUCCGUUAGCAACUGGGGCAUUCACACUCUUAACAUGGAUAUAAAUUCACAUGGGGACUGCGUAUAUCAGAACUCAGAGAAGUGGAUGAGUUUUAAUGUGAAAAUUACUCCCCAGCUCGCUAAAUGCUUCAUACGUUUAUUUUUUUGGUCGACAUUCAUUGGAGAUCUGUUACAAAUGUAAAGUAUUUCCAUAAGCUAAAUGUGUCGGAAGGAACUGCAGAUGCUGGCUUAAACCAUAGGCACACAAUGCUGGAGUAACCCAGCAGGACAGGCAGCAUCUCUGGAGAGAAG